AGUGAAGCAGGUAGUGCAACACCAACUAUGCAAAUCUGAAAUUACUCUAAUAUAUACAAAUUCUAACAUAAAUUAUUAUUUAAAAAAAAGUACUAACUCCUAUAAAUAAACAAAUAACGCCAGCACUUGGAUCAGCAAACUGUUCCCAAGAAUUUAUGAUGAUCCAUAAAUAUAAUUAUUUACACAUUACCCCACCUUAAUCAACUACACUUAACCAAAUCUACAUUUCUAGUACUUCUACUUAUUCAUUUUUCUUCCCUUCUCAUUUUUUCCCUCUAAAACUUCUGUCACAAAAUAUAAUCUUUGAUUACUUAAUUAACAACUUUCCCUAGUCCAUUUACAUCCCUAGCGCGACGAGUAACGUUACUCGUCGCGUUGCAUUAGCCUUUCAAUAUAUAGUAGUACGAGUCACAACACGAUAACAAAAAACAAAAAAAUGGAGAAUUUCAGAUCUAUGUCAUGCAGAGAAGGAAGAAUGCAAAUGGAGAAUUGUAACAACAACAACAAUGGAGGUGGAAAAUCGAGUGGACCGCCGACAAGUAUGCAAGAUCUAAGAUCUUAUAGUACGUCAUAUGCUUCUAAUUAUAUGCAAGUUCAUCCUCAACCUUCAAACAAAGAUUCAAAAGGUAAUCAUAAUAAUAAUGAUCAUAAGAAAAACAACAAGGGGUUUGGAUCAACUUCAUAUUCGAAUUCAUCGACGAAAGGGUGGAGUUUAACAGAUCCAGAACUUCAAAGGAAGAAAAGGGUUGCUAGUUAUAAAGUUUAUGCAGUUGAAGGUAAAAUGAAAGGUUCUUUUAGGAAGAGUUUUAGAUGGAUUAAGCAUACUUGCUCUCAAGUUGUACAUGGUUGGCGCUGAUAUAUUUUAUUUCAAUUCCUUCUCUUUUUAUGUUUAUUUUUACUUUUAUUUUGUUGUUUAUGUUUUAGUAUUGUGUUAACGAUGAAAAUUAAGUUGUGUUGUUUGUAUGGUGAUGAUUAUGAAGAUGGUUGAAAUACUGAUGUGCUUUGUUCUUUUUUA